CCUCCUUCUAACAAGUUCUCUUUUUUUUGUGUGUUGAAAAAUUUGGAGAAAGAUGAUGAUGAUUAUGAUGAUGAAAGGGAAUUAUGAGGAUUUUAUGAUAUGGGAAUUGUAGCCCAACCUCUUCAAUUCUUGUUUUUCACCAUUUUUCUGCAACAAUUUGAAGAAUUUGAUUGUGAUUCUAUGUCACAACAAGACUACCAGCAAGCGGCGGCGGCGGCGGCGGCGGCAGCAGGUUUCUUCACGCCCUUCUCCAAUGGCUUUGAUAGAUCCUCCACUGCCCACCAAGACCCUCAGCAACACUACCAACACAUAGCCCACCAGAUCCGGAAGGAGAAGCUUAGACUUCAAGGCUUCCACCCGCCGCCCCAUCCGCCAUCGUUAGUCGGAAUUGACGACGACAAUGAUGACCAAUCUGCCGGUGCUGCGGCGCUCCACCACGUCUACGAUUCGGCUGGAAUUUUAUCGGAAAUGUUCAAUUUUCCUCCGGCUCCACCGCCACCGCCGCCGCCACAGACGGAGUUGUAUGGGAAUCGGGAAGCGAUGAACGCAGCUGACUCAGCGGUUGCCAUGCAGCUUUUUCUGAUGAACCCUAACCCUCGGUCGCCGUCUCCACCGCCGCCGCCACCGGCAGUCUCGUCCACGCUUCACAUGCUUCUUCCAAACCCAGGUUCAGGAGGGUCUUUUGGACAAUUCACGUGGGGUGUGGUUCCGGACCAAGAAACAGGAGACCAUUCUUCUUCAAACCCUAAUGAAGGCCGUCUUUCGCUGUCGUUGUCAUCGUCUUUGGAGGCUGCAAAAGCUGAGGAAUUGAGAAUGGGUGACAGCGCCAGUGGGUUACUUUAUCAAACCCACCAUCACCCCCAACAUGUUCAUGUCGGAAUUGGGUCGUCUAAUCCAUUGGGAGUUGUCAACUUGUUGAGAAACUCAAAGUAUGUUAAAGCUGCACAAGAAUUAUUGGAGGAGUUUUGUAGCGUUGGAAGAGGUCAAUUUAAGAGGAACAAAUCAAAUUUGCCCUCCAACUCCAAUUCCCACGGCGGUGACGGCGCCGGAGUCUCUUCCUCCGCCGCAAAAGAUCAUCAGCCGCAGCCAGCUUUGUCAGCAGCUGAUAGAAUCGAACACCAGAGGAGGAAGGUCAAACUGUUGUCUAUGCUUGAUGAGGUGGAUCGAAGAUACAACCAUUACUGCGAGCAGAUGCAAAUGGUGGUGAAUUCAUUCGAGGAGGUGAUGGGGUUGGGGGCGGCGGUGGCAUACACGGCGUUGGCGCAGAAGGCGAUGUCGAGGCAUUUCAGGUGUCUGAAGGACGCAAUAGUAGGGCAGCUGAAGCAAAGCUGCGAGAUGUUAGGGGACAAAGAUGGGGGAAGAGCCUCUGGAAUAACAAAGGGAGAGACUCCAAGGCUUAAGCUGUUGGAGCAAAGGCUGAGACAGCAACGAGCCUUCCACCAAAUGGGCAUCAUGGAUCAAGAAGCUUGGCGUCCUCAACGCGGCCUCCCCGAACGCUCCGUCAACAUCUUGCGCGCCUGGCUCUUCGAGCAUUUCCUUCAUCCGUACCCUAGUGAUGCUGAUAAGCAUUUGUUGGCUAGGCAGACUGGUUUGUCAAGAAACCAGGUAUCAAACUGGUUCAUUAAUGCCAGGGUUCGGUUGUGGAAACCCAUGGUGGAAGAGAUGUACCAACAAGAAGCCAAAGAAGAAGAAGAAGAUGAUGAUGAUGAGGAUAAUACAGAUGAGGACACAAAAACCAACCCCCAUCCAAUUACCUCUAAUGCCCUUUCACAAACUCCAACGCCGCCGUCCGACGCCACUCCACCACCACCACCACCACCCAAAGGACUUGAUCACACCACCCUAAGCCAUCCUCCACCCUUCUCGCAAAACCAACAGUAUUCCUCCCAGGCGCCGCCAACUCCAUCGAUGGUGGCAAACUGCUUUCCCGCCACCCACUAUGAUUCAGAGCUGCAAGACACGUGUCGGCGAGUCAGCGUUCUCACUGCACCUGAUCAUCAAUUCGGGACCACAAACACCUCUGCCACGUCUGACAUCCAGGGGCCCACCACGCUUAUAAGGUUCGGGACCACCACGGGUGACGUGUCGCUCACAUUAGGUUUACGCCACGCCGGAAAUAUCCCCGAUAAAAACCCUUCUUUCUCCCUGAGAUCCGAGUUUGGAGAGUGUUAGAUUAAAUACAAUUUCAUAUAUAUAUAAUUUAAUAUAGACACAGUUUAAACACAA